CGCCCGUCCAAUUUCCUCUCUCCCAUUACCGCCAUGUCCGCCUUCCGCGUCCUCUCAAAGCACUCCCGCUCCCUCUCGCGCUCCCUCGCCGCCCGCUCUUUCCACACCCCCUUUGUCGCCCUCUCCGAAUCCCCCCUCACCGCUCCCCCGCCCCCGACCAGUAACGUAUCGGGCAUCUACGAGAAGAACAUCGAGUACAACUCGGAGCCCACCCCCUCCGCCAACGGCUCGUACCAUUAUGUCGUCUCGCAGCCCGACCCGAGCAACACCCCCUACGCCGUCCCGUCCGGCGCUUACCCCACCUCCGCGCCCUACGUCAACUACACCGCGACUGAGCGUCCGGAGGUGCUCGAUCAACCCAAGUCCUCCACCAGCCCGAACCCAGCUCAUCCCACUCUGAGCCGGGCUGUGCCCAGGAACGACUCGGGCGUGCAGGAGAGCGCUGCCGUCAGGCACGAGAACAACCCCAACAAGGGCACCGAGUUGAUGGACAAGUCGAGCACCCAGGGCUCGAAUAACCUGCAGGAGAGGAAUCCGCCUCCCAUUCAGGAUGUCGGAGAGAAGUUUGGCAGCAUGGGUGUCAAGGAUGCUUGGAAGGCCCGGAACUGAGCGCGGCUUCCGUCAUGCGCUCGAGCUCGCAUGGGAGCUCGAGCUUCAGUCGUUCCGUAAUAAUAGACCGGAGACGCAACGCGUUGUACCAUAGCAAGAACUUCGUCCUUUAAUCGUUGGCGUCUCCAUUUCCUAUCCACCUGUAUUGUUAUUACCCUACUCGUCUUUGCAGUUCGUCGUACGCGGUCAGACCAUGUCCUUCCCGUAUUUAUUAUGCAUUCAUGUUGUCGUGCUCCGUCUUCUUGUCGUGGAUGUUUGGACGUGAACGCCGAACGUUCAGUGGCAUCAGUCCCAAUACGGC